AUAACAAAAAAAAAAUCUGCUGGUAGUGGUGUGGUUUAGUAGUAAACGUCAAUCGAAGUCAUUGAAAUCAUUUUGUGUGCCAGGCAAGAAAUAAUUUGUUGAUCCAUUAAAUUUUCGUUGUUUAAAUAGUCAAAAUGAAGUUCAUGUACAAGGAAGAGUUCCCGUUCGAAAAGAGGAAAAUCGAAGGCGAGAAAAUCAGAAGGAAAUACCCCGACCGUGUACCCGUCAUCGUUGAAAGGGCGCCCCAAGCCAAAAUUGGGGAUGUUGACAAGAAGAAAUAUCUGGUCCCGUCUGACCUGACGGUAGGUCAGUUUUACUUCUUGAUCAGAAAGCGGAUCCACCUUAGGCCAGAAGACGCUCUGUUCUUCUUCGUCAACAAUGUGAUCCCUCCCACGUCUGCUACCAUGGGUUCCUUAUAUCAGGAACAUCACGAAGAGGAUUUCUUUUUGUACAUCGCCUAUUCAGAUGAAAAUGUCUAUGGAAACGAAGAGGAAUUUUAAUUUUGUUCUCGUAUUAAAUGACUUUUUCCAAAACUAGUUGUAUAAAAAUUACAUUUACCGCUUGUUUAUAUGUAACUUUUACAUAACUAGCAAAAAAAAAAAUAUAUUAUUUUCUGUAACUACUAUAAUAUAAAAAAAAAAAAUUAAAAAUAUGAUAAAACACAGUUUAUAGUUUGAGUUUAAGUGAUAUUUUUUAGGUUUAUGUAAUGUAUUUAAUGCUUAUAUAAUGAGCAAUAGUAUAAUGUAUUUAAAUUUUUUUUGGGAUGAGAUUUAGGUUAUUUUUUUUUGCACAUAUGUGUUAUUUUUAGCCUAAGAAAAAAAAAUUACUUGUUCUAAAUCCACCUUGGUGGGUUCGAAACAAUUGACGAUUCUUAAACUUAAUCUUAGAUGUAGUAAAACCUAUUAUAAUGCAAAAUAAAACUUUUGAAAAACCCAAUGACGAAUUU